UUUACAACCACAAUUGUUUCAAUUACAAUUUCCAUCAAGUUUGAACGUGUCAGUGGAAGUAACCCCCCUCUUAGCUUGUUGCUUGUCCUGCAACGACAACAAGGAAAUGCUAUAAAUAGCGUGGUGUAUCAGUUCCGUGAGUCAGUCUCUUGUUGUCAUUGGUGAAAGCAAGACAUCGUCCAUGGAGUGUAUAGCAAAUUGUAGCGUAGUGAACUAAAAAUAGCGUACAAAACGAAAAGGAAAAGACGAAAGAAUUUACGACAAAACACACACACGAAAAGUACAAAUUACGUAUAUAGGUUGGAAAUAAGUUAAACUUGUUGGAUACAUUGUAUAAAGGUGAACAACAUGGCCAUACCAUUCUAUGAAAAUGAGGAACAGGAAAUCCUGCAUCAACAACCUUUGCAGCAGCAACAACCAAGUUAUGCUUCCGAGGAAGUGGAUCAAGUGGAUGGCCACAUAAUGAACAGCCCGUCAAUUGUAAAUAAUAUGGAAACCCCGCCCAGUUCUCCAAUGCCUGUAACUAGUCCAGAUACCACGGAAGCAGAUGUGGCGGCCUGGAAAUUAUUAGCCUUGGCCAUGUGUAAGGCCCUUAAGGACCACUAUCAACAAAAUAUGGUGCCAUCGAAUAACAACAGCUCCUCCACGGCGGUAAUACAAAUUCUGCCCAAUGGCCAGGUGAAACCCUCCUGGAACUAAAUUGCCAUCCUCGAAAAGCGAAAAGUAAAGUUCCUCGCUAAAACCAAAAUGGAAGCUCGUUAAAAGCAAAAUUGUGAUGUUGAAUAUAUAUUUGGAACGUUUCCCAAGGAAAUUAAUUGCAAAGGACCCCAAAUCCCAUAGUCCUGCUUUGGUGUUCUUUUUUGUAUAGCUGCAAAACAAAGUCUGCCGACGGCAAAGUGAAGCCCUCCAAAAAAAGGAAAUGCUCUGCAGAAGUGAUGAUGGGUGGCUAACCAAAUCAAAGGAUUUAAAUUAAAUCCUUUACAAAUUGUGAGAUAAGCACAAAUGUGAUAGUCAAUUUUUGUUUUCGAGAAAACCAAACUAUAUAAUUUAUAUAUAUAAAAUGUAGAUAUUAAGGAAGAUAUUAUACCAUACAACAUUUUUUCCAAACCCUCUGUGUGUCUAUUUUAUACCCCACUGAUAUUUAACUAUAUACAAUUUAUAUAUAAAAAAUUAAGAAGAAGAAGAAGAAAUUUUUAUAAAUAUUAACUAAGGCUUUUUUUGUAAACUAAAAACCAUCUGAAAACUAUUGCAUUUUAAUUUGCCAGUAGUUCAAAUAAUCUCCUCUAAAUGUAUUGAUGUAUUUAUUUUUGGAAAUAUUUUUAUCUCUAUAUAACUUACAUUUUUAAGAAUUUUGAUACCAAUUAUACUCACAGCUUUAGUUUUAAGUCAUAAUUUCUAGAUCAUUUGUUUACCACUCAACGAGUUUCAUUUAACAUGAGCAUAAAACAAGUACAAUGAUAUUAAUAAAUAAAUUUUGUAAAUUUUAUUUUAAUUUAGAAAAUAAAAAUAGUUCUAUUUAAAUAAACGAAUAAGAAUUUUUAUA